AUAUAAUUGAUACAUUGUCAUCAAGAUGACCGAAGAGUCACGACAUACAGACAAGAUGAAGUUCGAGAAGUGAGCGGAAUACGAAUGAAGCUAUCAAGGUGACAUAAAUUAUAAAUUCAUAUUUUCAUGGCAUAAUCAAACUAUAUAAUUACUUGUGUUAGAUAGACUAGAUAGACAUGGGCUGUAUGUAUUUAGUUUUUGGGCUGAAAGGCUUUGUUUCCUUUGUAUAAACUUGUAUAAAUACUUGUAUUAUGUGAAUAGAAGGCAAGAAAAGAUUUUCACCAAAAUACACCUAUACGUUUCAAAAUGGUAUUAGAGACGUGAGGGCCUUUUACGCACACCAUCAGCGUCUUCUUCGCAAGUCUGCACCAGUGUGCUUCGACCUAGUGCCAUGGGAGACAUAACAUCACCAUACUAUAUGGGUUCGGGAGAUCAACUUGGAAACCUUAUUACUCAUGUGAUAUUCAAAGGCGACAAUUACGUUGCUUGGUCACGUGCUUUCUCUCUCUUUGAAAGCACGCCAGAAGAAUGGCUUCAUCGACGACACACUUAAGGAACCAACCGAGGCGGCAAAGAAAAUCGAUUUUGAGACAGUCAAUUCCAUUAUUGUCUCGUGGACGCUAAGGAGUAUGGAACCAACUGUUGUGGCGUCCAUACCAUUUCACGAUGAUGCACGAACUUUGUGGCUAUAUUUGGAAAAACGAUAUAGCGUUGCCAAUGGACCACGGUUGCAGCAGUUGCGAGCAUCAAUUACGGAGUGCCGGCAGAGAAAGAACAUGAUGGCAGACACCUAUUAUACCGUACUUAUGGGGCUGUUCGAUGAAUGAUACCGGCUGAAACCUUUGCACUCGUGCUCGUGUGGGCUGUGCACGUGCAAUGUUGUCGGGAAGUUUGCGGCUGAUCGUGAGGAAGAAAAAUUACAUCAAUUCCUUGUUGGAAUUGAUGAUGAGCUUUAUGGGACUGUCCGUUCCAACCUUCUGUCACACACGCCUUUGCCCGAUCUCAACCGGGCUCAUCAGGCAUUUUUGUAGGCGGAAAAUUCCAGAGCAAUGAUCCGCGGGAAGCAUGCAGCAUCGGCAAAUGUCCAGGCCUUUGCUCUCAAGGUGGAACGGCCUGCAAAAGGUCGUGAGGCAAAGGCAGACCAACCAUGUCCUGUGUGCACACACUGUAAACAGAAAGGCCACGAGGUGGGUUCGUGUUUCAAGCUCAAUGGAUACUCGGAUUGGUGGGAAGACCGACCCUGGGCCAAGGGGGAAGCUACAUGUCGAGAGGGCAGUUCUGGCCGAAAGGGGCGUUCGUACUCAUUCACUAGCAGCGGCCGUACCUUCUCCUGAAGCCGGAAGCUCUUCUUCUAGUAGUAAUUCCAACGAUUUGGCUGUUUUGAGUCAGGAACAAAUUCAAGCUCUCUUAAGUUUAAUUGACAAUAAUUCUCGUACUUGUGACCGUAUGUCGGUGGCUGAUGGUUGUUUGCGGAAUGACACUCUGUUGCCUAUUGUUAUGGAUGAGGACACUGUUGUAUCUGACAUGAGUGGCAUGGCUUCCACCACUUAUACUAUACCGGUGAUCACCGAGCCAGAAGGUACUCCCCCCUUUACCGAGGCUACAUCUACACAGGAGGCACCCCCUCCCUUAGGCCGCGGCAUGGGUGCUAAACGCACCUCAGUCCUCCUCCGUGACUUUGUUACUCACCAUGUGAUAGUCAGCCCAUCCUCGCUACACUCUCGGUUCGUCAGCUCCUCAGGUCAGGAACCACGUUCGUUCCGUGAGGCCAUGACAGACUCGGGAUGGCGUCAAGCCAUGCAGAAUGAGAUAGAGGAACUUGAAAAAAAUCACACGUGGUCCAUGCAGCCUCUUCCUCCCGGUAAAAAGGCUCUUGGUUGUAAAUGGGUGUAAAAAUUAAAUAUAAUUCUGAUAGCACCGUAGAGCAUCUCAAAGCCAGACUUGUUGUUUUUGGAGAUCAUCAGAAAGAGGGCAUUGAUUAUACCGAUACAUUUUCUCGUGUUGCCAAAAUGGUAACGAUACGAGUUUUCUUAGCAGUAGCCGCGGCUAAGAACUCGGAAUUACACCAGAUGGACGUACACAAUGUGUUUCUUCAUGGUGAUCUCAAUGACGAAGUUUACAUGAAACCUCCGCCCGAUUUCUACUCAUCACGACCUGGUCUUGUUUGUCGUCUGACAAAAUCACUAUAUGGGCUCCGUCAAGCACCUCGCUGCUAGUUUUCUAAAUUGGCAGCUUCUUUACGCACCUAUGGCUUCACUCAGUCCUAUUCUGAUUAUACUUUAUUUAGUUAUCAUCGGGAUCAUAUUCAUAUGCAUGUGCUUGUCUAUGUGGAUGAUUUGAUACUUGCUGGAAAUAAUUCUGAGGCCUUAUCUCGGUUUAAAUCCUACUUACAUUCCUAUUUUCACAUGAAGGAUCUUGGUGCUCUUAAAUAUUUGCUGGGUGUUGAAGUGGCCCGUGGCCCAGAUGGUUUAUUCCUUUGUCAACGCAAAUAUGCGUUGGAUAUUAUUUCUAAGACAGGUCUUCUUGGAGCCAAGCUUGUCGAGUUUCCUAUGGAA